AUGGACGAUGUCGCUGUUUCCCCGACUCCUCCGGACAAGCACUCAGAGGAACUGCUCGAUGCUGGGAGCCCCUCCACGACCCUUGGCACGCUUCAGUACGACCGCAUAACACAAGAUCGCCACAUUCGAGUCCUCGACCUGGAUCCUGGCAGCUGGGAUGAGCCUGUCACUUGCUCUUUAAGGACGGUUGAUCUAGAUGCCGACGAACUCCACUACGAAGCAAUCUCCUAUGCCUGGGGCGACCCUGCUGAUCGCAAGACUGUCAUGUGUAAUGGAUGCGCCGUUAGCACAACACGCAACCUGUUCGAGGCCUUGCAGCGCUUUCGAAGAGUCGAUAAUACGAGAACGCUCUGGGCCGAUGCGCUCUGCAUAAAUCAAACCGAUCACGACGAGAAAACCUACCAGGUCCGGUUGAUGAGCUUCAUCUACAGAAGAGCUGCUCGCGUGCUUGUAUGGUUGCAACAUGAAGACGAUCACGUAGUCCAAGAUUCCCUAAACGUCAUGUGCCAGUUUGCGGGCAAAGAAGAUCCCCAUGGCAAAUGGGGAGACAUAGAAGACAAUGCAUACUACAAGAGUUCGGAGCUAUACCAAUGGCGUGGUGUCGCAGUGACCAGCGUCAGCGGAGAUGAACCAGCGGAGAUCGCUGAUGCUGCGACUGACGCUUUGCGGCAUAUGCACCUCAGUGUCGGUAUUCUGGGGGCACGCUGA